GCUACGCACAAUGUUGAUAUUUUUGAUACACUUCUUCUUGAUGUCUAGACAAUAAUGAACUCUUUUAUAAAUCACAGAUGAAGAAAAGGAUGUUUAGCAAGUUUUCCAAUAUCCUGCAUCAAGCAGUUGAGGCUUUAACGCCUCAACUUACUUUGCAGGAAGAAUUUAUGUAUCAUUGGAAAUCUGUAACAGAAUUCUUUAUGGAUAGCAAAGGUGACAGAAUAAAUGUGGAACAGACUAGUCUAUCUUCUCACUUGGACCAGAUGAUUGUUUUAUUACAAGAGGAAGAGUCUAGUAUAGAAAGAGGGGGAACAGGACCUUGUAUGGAGUACCUUUUACAGCAUAAGUUGUUAGAAACAUUAUAUUCUCUUGGAAGAACUGAUCAUCCUCCAGGAAUGAAACAGCUUGUACUUUCUUUCUUCACUAAAUUAUUAUCUCGAUUGAAGCAACCAUUGUUACCAAACAUAAGUGUACACAGAGCUGUUCAUAGAUUGAUAAAGGCCUGUGGUGAGGUAAAAGCUGGACCAUCAGAGACAGAAGAAAUCCAGUUUUUAUGUACAGUGUGUGCAAUUGUUAAAACAGAUCCAUAUCUAGUCAAUUUUUUUAUUGAGGUGCCAAAAGACAAACCAAGUCCAGAUUGUACUGAUCCAGUGCCAAAAAGUGAUUUUAGUUUAGUUCAAUCAUUACUUGCCUUAUCUAACAGUGCUGAUAGUAGAGUAGCUGUUAAAUCGUGUGAGGGUUUGAUGUUAUGUGCCAGUCUUCCAGAACAAAAUGCUGCUGUUACCAUGGUAAAUGAUACUGAAUUUUGUACACAACUCAGUCAACGUUUGAUAGAAUCUUACCUCAAACUUCCAUCAAAUGUCCAUCCAAGUGAAUUAGACAUGGUGGAAGCAAAAUGGGGGUUAGAUGUCAUUACAGAAAGUGAAGACCAACAAUCAUUUUUAGGUAAACGCCAUCUGAUAUCCUUCCUCUCAUGGCUAGAUUAUUGUGAUCAGCUGAUUGGUGUAGCUAAUCCCUAUGUAGCCAAAUCUUUGUCAAAAUCAAUACGAGAGACAUUCCUAGAUGUAAUAAUGGAACCAUCAUUGCUUCAGACCUCAGAAACUGGAGCUGUUCUAGCAACUGCUUACCUUACAAGAUGUCUCAGGACAGUAUGUUCACAUCCCUUAUUGGCAGAGUUUUGUAAAUUUAUUUUGGGAGAUGACAUGCUUCCAGAAGUAGAAGGAACAGAUAAAUGGAGAGUGAGAAGGCGUUUGAUAGACAGAUGUGAUCAUCUUUCAGAAGAGUUAAGUUUAGCCAGUCUGAAGCUAUUUGAUAUGCUGUUACAAAAAGACAAUGAAUUUAUUAUUUAUAACCUGGUGCUGAGGAAUCUGAUUGGUCGAGAUUAUUACACAGAAGAUACUGUAAUGGUCAAGGUGGGGGAUUCCAGAACCAAAGAAGAAUCUCAGUCUUCAGAUUCACCAUCUGAAAAGUCCUCACCACUCUCAUCAACAUGCUCCAGUCCUGUGCCCUCAACCAGCAGGAACCGGAUAGAGGUGCAUAAAAUUGUCAAUAGUUAUUUUUCAUUACUACCAGAAGAUCUGAAAUCCAGUUACCAAACAGCUGAUAGUGGGUAUGACAUGUACCUUAAAGAUGCCCACAAACAGUACAGUGAUAUGUGUGAGAUGUGCCAUCCUUGGUCAUGGCCUAAAGAACCAGUGACAUCAGAAGUUUAUCACAUGACCACAUUCUACGAGGGAUCAUUCCUUAGGAUGAUACUAGAUAAACUUUCCAGACUGUUAGACCAGAGUUACACUGUAAAUCUACAGCUGACAUCAGUGAUAGCCAAGCUAGCCUCUAUACCACAUCCAAACCUACAGGAGUUCUUUAUGGAUCCAUACCUAUGUCUUAAAGAUAAUGCUAAAUCUCUAUUUAAUGUACUACAAAAGGUUGCUAAUGAAAUAAAAACCCAACUAGGCAGUGAUCCAGAAUUGGGCAAAAAACUGGUGAUAGCCAGAAAGAGUUUGUUGGGAGUUAUGCCUACAAUUACCAGUUUGAGACAGAAUGUGCAUGAAAACAGGCUGGAAGGUCAGAGCAGAUUAGAGGCUAUUAUUGUAUUUGAAGAAUUUUGUAAAGAAAUGGCUGCCAUUGUUUUUGUACAACACCAUGCUGUCAUGUCGAGAUCUUGAGCACAAUAAACCUAUCAUUUUAUAUUUAGAUUUCAAUGCAAGAAGUUGUUGAAAAUUUAUUGUUAUGAAUCAUGCUUGAAAACCAGUGAAUUGUUGAUUGUUAUCUGUUUUGUAUGAAAAGUUAAAGAGAAACUAAACAAUGUGAAUGCCCACUCACUCAGUAGCUAGGGCAUUUACUGUAACCCAUUUUCAAACUUCUGUCCUUCAAUAACAAAACAGUUGUAUAUGUGCUGACUUUUAUAGAUAUGCCUGUGUAAGAUAUUUUAAAGUUCUGUAGUUUAGGAUACAGAGUAGUUCAUGCCUUAUUCUAAACAACCUACGUUUCUCAAAAUUCAUAGUCUUUCUGCCAUUUCUAAGACACAGGCAUUUGUGAUGUUGUUACACUUCUAUUUAUUUUUUGAUUUCAUAUAAUAUCACAUUGUAUAUUAAG